GGGUCACUAUUUUCUUUCGUCAUCAUUCUGCGACAUCUCUACUAGCGCUAUAAAAACCACAACAUAAACUCCCAAACAAAUGAAACGUUGCUGAUUGCAUGUGGAUUGUAAAAUAUCGAUGUUGACACGUAGCCAUACCAGGCCACCCUGCGCUGAAUGAGGCACGGUCUUUUCAUAGUGCUGUUCUUUGAGCGCGGUUGGGAUGGGCCAGCAGAUCUCAGGCCAGGCGGUGAUGACCCGUCUACCUGAGAAGCUGGUGAAACAUGCUGGGCUGGUACGCGACAGCGGCUACCUCAACUACGAGGAGUUCCUGGCCAGGGUGGCAGAGCUCAAUGACGUGACGGCUAAGCUAGCAGCUGGACAGCAAAAACACCUGAUCUUUGAAGUCCAGACUGGCUCGGACGCCUCUGCUCUGUGGAAAGUGGCUGUGAGGAUAGUUUGUACCAAGAUCAACAAAGUGAAUGGGAUGGUGGAGGCGUCUCGCAUCAUGAACCUGUAUCAGUUCAUCCAACUGUACCGUGACAUCACCAGUCAGGCCGUAGAUGUGCUGUCAGCAGAGGGCGCCAGCCUCCCGUCUGGAACCCUCUCGUCAGGGGACUCCUGCCAGGCCAGCAUGUGGAUGGGCAGGGUGAAGCAGUUGACUGAUGAGGAGGAGUGCUGUAUCUGCAUGGAUGGGAAAUCUGACCUCAUUCUGCCCUGUGCUCACAGCUUCUGUCAAAAGUGCAUUGACAAGUGGAGUGGGCAGAGCAGGAAUUGUCCGAUAUGCCGCUUGCAAGUGACCGCUGCCAAUGAGUCGUGGGUGAUGCCUGAUGCCCCUACAGAGGACGACGUAGCUGGCUAUAUCCUCAACCUGGCUGACGAGGCAGGCCAUCCGCACAUACCUUAAGCUACUCAACACUAAGACACUUUGAUUAACCACUGACAACCAAACUGACAUCAAGAAUAGUUCGGGGAAGGGUCUGGAGUUUUUUGCCAGGAAAAACACCGUGCCCUGGUUUUGGGGGGUAUGUAGAGAAGAUGGGUUGCUUUAUAGGAAUUUGCCUGUUGUGAUUAUUUCUUAUGUUCUUUUUUACUUUUCCAUAUUAUUUCAAGAUUACUUUUACAUGAUUGCUCUUAAACUUGUGUGUGUAUAUAAGAAGGUUGUGUGUGUGUAUACAGUGCCUUCGAAAGGUAUUCAGCCCCCUUGACUUUUCCCACAUUUGUUACGUUACAGCCUUAU